AUUGAGAAUUGAGAAACCACCCUCCCCACCCUCACCCCUCUUUCCCAUUUUCACCUUCCUUUCUCAACCAUUUAUUCAGAUUCCUUCUGCGUGUUUUCCAUUUGAUUGUGCUCAAUACAGACGCCUCAAUCUCUUCUCAAUCUUCAUUUCUUAUGCUGCUCUCGACUGCUGCUUCUAAUUUUCAAUUCUUUUUGGAACUAUAAGAAGGGGGAUUUUUUUGUUCUUUAAUUUUUAAUUUUUUUUUUUUUAUUUGGGAUUUUUUUGAUAUCGAGUUCUUAAUUGUUAUCUGUGCUGGUUUGAACUGGGUUUAUUGCUCAAAAUCAUCCAUAGACCACAAGGAAAUUUGCUCUUUAAUCUCCGGCUGAAAGAACAAUCAAAGGCUAAUUUCGUUUUGCCAAAUUUUUGUGUUUACUGGGGGACUGGUGUGUGUGUAUUUUUUUUAAAAUUUUUUUUUUUGUUCUUGGCUUCUCUUUAGCCCUGUGAAUAUCUUCAUCCUGCGUUUGGAAAUUGUUAAGGAUUUUAAUUUUGGAAAAAAAAAGGAAAUUAAAGAAAGAAAAAGAAAAUACAGACAUGGGAAAGCAGGGACCUUGCCAUCACUGUGGUGUUACAAGCACUCCCCUUUGGCGCAAUGGCCCUCCCGAGAAGCCAGUACUCUGCAAUGCUUGCGGCUCGAGGUGGAGAACAAAGGGGACUCUUGCAAAUUAUACGCCUCUGCAUGCUCGGGCCGAACCUCAGGAAUUUGAGGACUAUAGGGUCUCCAAAUUGAAAGUCGUACCAAUGAAGAACAAGGAAGCAAAAGUUCUGAAGCGGAGGUAUGAUAAUGAUGCACAUGCUACUGAAUUUGGGGGAGUUCUCCCCGACUUUAAUCAGGGGUUCCGCAAAGGGCUUGAGGAAGACACGAGUAACAGGUCAAGCUCUGGCUCGGCUGUAUCACACUCAGAGAGCUGUGCCCAAUAUGGUGGUGGCGGUGGUGGUGGUGGUGAUGCAAGUGAAUUGACAGGUCCAUCGCAGCCUGUCGUGUGGGACACAGUGGUGCCAUCCAGGAAGAGAACAUGCGUCACUCGUCCAAAGCCGUCGCCAGUCGAGAAACUCACCAAGGAUCUCUAUACUAUAUGGCACGAACAACAGUCAUCAUGUGUGUCCGCCUCUUCCGAAGAGGAAUUGCUUCUUGAAAGUGACAAACCGAUGGUUUCUGUUGAGAUUGGACAUGGAAGUGUUCUUAUUCGGCAUCCUAGCUCGAUUGCCCGGGAAGAAGAAUCGGAAGCUAGCUCUCUUUCAAUUGAUAACAAGCACCGAACUUUGAAUCCUAAGCAAUUGGCUUUCGCCGGCCUUGUGAAGGAUGCUGGUGCUAAUUUCUCAAGUAAAGGAGUCGAUAAAAUAAAAAAACCAGUUAAUCUUGGACCCGAGCAGCCCAAAAGUGCCAGAGACAAGGAUCAAGCCGACAAUGUGCACGUGAUGACAUAUCAUAAAUCACCACUAUGUUACAUAGACCUACAAGAUAUUGUAAAUAUCGACAAAUUUACAACCCAUUUAACUCAGGAGGAACAACAACAACUGCUAAAGUUUUUACCUUCUGUUGACACUUCUGUAUCUACGGAAAGGGAUUCAUCUUUGGUCUCCCGUCUCGGCAGCAUGUUCGAUAGCCCGCACUUAAAGGAGAAUUUGGCGUCUUUCCAGAAACUUCUUGCGGAUGGACUUUUUGAUAAUUCGUUGUCCGGGCUCAAGGCCGAAGAUCGUAGAGCGCUGAAGAAAGCUGUAUUGUGUAAUUCUAUAAAAUCAAAGUGGGUCGAGCAUUAUAAAGACCUCAAGGAUUCGGCGGGUAAACGAACCGCCAAAAAAUCGGAGCUUGCGGCUAAAUCUAAGCCCCUCGUGACUGAGUCCUCAGCGAGUGUGAAACGAUCGCACGACGGACUGCACCAAAGGAUUUCAGGAGCAAAGGUCGGGAAUGUAAUGAAGAGCCCGAGAAGGAUAUCGAUGUUGUCGGGGUAUGAUCAGAAGGAAAACUCUUUCUUCGGCGGCAAGGGACUCUUUUCAUCACAUUACGACGAUGGCUCGUCGCAAGUGCUCGAUUCUUCCCAUUUUGUCGAUGACAACUCCGAGCAAGAUUUGCUGCUCAACGUCCCGUCUUAUGGCUCGUUCCCGCAGGCUGAAUUGCUCCCGAAUUCGAGCCUCGCUGCUCAAGCGAGCGCCAGCAGCAGUUCAGUGUACCCAAAUUUUGGUCAUCCCUGAAGCCCCGUCUCUCGACAAAAGGUACUUUUUGUAUUCGAAAGAACCUAUGGUAAAGAACAUGUGUUCUUGGUAUUGUUUUGCUAUGUUUUUACCACAAAGGAGUGUCGAGACGAGGCUGCGGUUGCCUGUUUGCCCUGCCUUGCCUUAUCUCUGUUUACAUACAUUGAAGUACCCGGGAAAAUGGAUCGAGCUGGAUCGACCCUUUUCCCGAUCUUUGUUUUUUUUUUUUUCUAAAGAAGAAAAUAUUGUUUUUCAUCUUUGUAUAAUCGAUGAAGGGAUAUUUAUAUAGCGGAACAGGUGACGAGGAGGAAUGAAAAUUGUCCCGGGUUUCUGCGAAA